GCUUCCACGUACUUUGUCCCUUCUCUCUCUCCCUCGCGUGUCAAAACAGAAAGGAGGGGUCGGAAGUCUCCGUCAUGAGGAGAGAGAAAGGAAAAAGGAAAGGCGAGCGCAGAGCCGACGCUGGCGACAGCAAGGGGAAGGGGGACUCGGCGGAGAUGCGCGGGUGUGAGGGGCGGCAUGCGGCGGCUUUGCGGGCGCUGAUCGCGGCCGUGCUCGCAGUCUGCGCGCUGCCCUUGGCAGCUCAGAUGUCCGUUUCUCACCCUGGCCGAAAGUCUACGGCGCUCAAAAUGGAUGAGGCUUCUCUGAUCGUUAACAGCGAGCUACAGCAAGACGUCCUGGUGUCUUGGCUGUCAGAUCACUGCUUUCAGUGCCUGUUCCAGCCCCUUGGAUUGGUCCCUGCACAGCCAAUCCCUGGGACUCCCAGUUCGGCAGCGUUCGUUCUCAGUUCCCAGCAUCCUCUAACCCUGCAGCUCAAUAGCAGCACAGGCAACCAGGAGCUAUGCAGGGUUGCCUUCCACUUUGGAGAGCAGGGUAACUACUCUCUGUGGGUGAAGAAUGACAACGAGUCCGUGAGAGCCAGCUGCAGCAUAGUCACCGACAAGGAGCCUGUCAACAGUUACCUGCCCAUCCUGGUCGCUGUAGUGGUGUAUGCCGGAUUGUGCAUUCUGGUCGCUGCUGGACGAACUGUCAUGGGGUUGGAUGUGGUAAGAAAUCUGUGUUGCCUGGGAAACACCAUGGAAAUGGACAGGCUCGUAAAUUCAGAGCUCGGCUCCCCCAGCAGAACCGUGGACUCCUCCUAUGAGUUGCCCGCCACCCCCCCGACCCCCAGCACCCGGUUGCGUUCUCUGGACACCUUUCGAGGGCUGGCUCUUGUCAUAAUGAUCUUUGUGAACUACGGAGGAGGGAGAUACUGGUUCUUCAGACACGAGAGCUGGAACGGACUCACAGUGGCUGAUCUGGUCUUCCCCUGGUUCGUCUUCAUCAUGGGAACGUCUAUCGCGCUGUCGCUGAACUCUGCCCUGCGGCGGGGGUCAAGGCGCUCUGGGAUUUUGGGCAAGGCCCUGUGGAGGAGCGUACAGCUGUUCGUACUGGGAGUGCUGGUCAUCAACCCCAACUACUGCCAAGGACCCCUGUCCUGGGACACCCUGCGAAUCCCUGGAGUCCUACAGCGCCUGUCCAUCUCCUACUUGGCCGUGGUUGCCCUCAACCUCAUGAGAUUUGGCACCAGGACAGACGGCCAGGACUCGGAUGGCCGCUGGUCCUCGCUGCAGGACAUCCUGCCCUACUGGCCUGCGUGGCUUUGCGUGGUUGCCCUGGAAACCAUCUGGCUGUGUCUCACCUUCCUGCUCCCUGUCCCCGAUUGCCCGCUUGGUUACCUGGGCCCAGGGGGAAUCGGUGACUUUGGCCAGUACCCAAACUGCACCGGAGGAGCGGCUGGUCUUAUUGACCGCUGGCUUUUGGGGGAGAAGCAUAUCUACCAGACCCCAUCGUCUCGGGUUCUGUACCAGUCCCAGAUGCCGUACGACCCAGAGGGGGUGCUCGGAAGCAUCAAUUCUGUCGUGAUGGCUUUCCUGGGCUUGCAGGCUGGAAAGAUCAUUUUUCACUUCAAGGACCAGCACUCAAAAAUCAUGUCCAGGUUUGCCAUAUGGGGAUUCAUACUGGGAAUCAUUUCAGCCAUUUUGACAAAGUGCUCAAAAGAAUAUGGAUUCAUUCCCGUCAAUAAGAAUCUAUGGUCUCUAUCUUACAUCACCACGCUCAGCUGCUUUGCCUUCGUGAUUCUGUUCUUCGUCUAUUACACGGUGGACGUGGUAAAGUUCUGGUCUGGGGCGCCCUUCUUUUACCCCGGGAUGAACUCCAUCCUGGUGUAUGUGGGCCACGAAGUCUUCCAGAGCUACUUCCCCUUCAGAUGGAAAAUGUGGAACAGUCAGUCACAUGCAGAACAUCUGACGCAGAACCUGGUGGCAACCUCCAUAUGGGUACUAAUAUCCUACCUGCUCUACAGGAAGAAAAUCUUCUGGAAGAUCUAGUCCACCAUCCUGUGGAGUGGUAAAGGGGUGGGCCAUGGGUUUCUGAGAGGGUCCUGUUCUUCAGCUGGUUCACUGGAGAAGCAGAGGGGUUUGCCAAGGACCAAACCGACACAUUUAAGUGCCUUUUUCCUUUGCUGUUGGAAGAGUUUAGGGCAGCUGUGAAAAAUGUAAUUACUGGUGCGCUGCCAAAAUGGACUUUUCAUAAGAAAAUGCAGUCAUCCCACGUGCAUGGUUUACAUAAGGGAAAAAAGAACAGUUUAAUGUUAAAAAAAAAAAAAACGUCUGCUUGAACCGUCUAAAAAUAUUUCCUUGUGUACCAGCCUGGAACUGUAUAUUUGGCGGUAUUGGGUGGAAUUGUUUUCUUUUUAGGACUUUUCAAUGUUAUGCAUAGUAAUCAUCUCGUUUGUCUCAGUCCUUCAUAAAACCAAUGAAAUUUCGUGUCCUACAGAUGCCAAAAAGGAGCGAAUGUCCAGAUGAGUCACGGUUUCAUUACAAAUGUAUUUAAUUGUAACUAUACAGAAACGUUGUAAUCAUGUGGCUAGAAACUGUAGACGCUACAUUUUAGUAAUGUUCGUGUAAAUAACUUGUAUUGUUUUAACACUACACGUGCGUUUUCAUGGAUGAAACGCAAUGAUUAAUUUUCUAGGGUCUCUUGAAAUUUGGUAUAAUAUAAAAAUGUAUUUCUGAUGUUCUGUCGCAUUAUUUUGAAUAAUAAAAUGUAUUUCAAAUUAGAAAUGUAA